CCUUGCCGUAGCUGUGACGUCAGCGGAUGACAACGUCACCGCGGCAGAGAGAAGAUGGCUACGGAACCAAAUAAGACGGAGAUCCUGACCAUCUUCAAGAGAUUGAGAUCCGUUCCCACCAACAAGGCAUGCUUCGACUGCUCCGCCAAGAACCCCAGCUGGGCCAGCAUCUCCUACGGCGUCUUCCUCUGCAUCGACUGCUCCGGCAUCCACCGCUCGUUGGGCGUGCACCUCAGCUUCAUCAGGUCCACUGAACUGGACUCCAACUGGAACUGGUUCCAGCUGCGCUGCAUGCAGGUUGGAGGGAACGCCAACGCGACGGCGUUCUUCCGGCAGCACGGCUGCUCCACCAGCGACUCCAACGCCAAGUACAACAGCCGCGCCGCGCUGAUGUACCGGGACCGCAUCCGGCAGCAGGCCAACGCCGCCCUGGCCCGAUACGGCACCGACCUGUGGAUCGACUCGCCAGCAGGGGGCGCUCCGCCCACGCCGUCCGAGAAGAAGGAGGCCGACUUCUUUGAGGAGAACAUCCAGGCCAACGACUGGAGCGUCACGCCGCCGGCCGAGCAGGAGCCUGCCGUCCAGCUGACCGACGCCGCGGCCAGAGAGUCGGAGGACGGCCCGAGCAUCGACGGCCUGAGCUCCUCCCCCAAAGCCUCCAUCGACGUCUCCAUGCGUUUGUCGUCUCCGGACAGACAGACGUCCUCAGAGGUCAAGCCCUCCAUCAUCGGGAAGAAGAAGCCCAUGGCCGCCAAGAAGGGGCUGGGGGCGAGGAAGGGCCUGGGGGCCCAGAAGGUCAGCAGCCAGAGCUUCUCGGAGGUGGAGAAACAGGCCCAGGUGGCAGAGAAGCUGCGGGAGGAGCAGGCGGCCGAGGCCAAGAAGCAGGCCGAGGAGUCCAUCGUGGCCUCCAUGCGUCUGGCCUACAAGGAGCUGGAGAUGGACCGAAAGCUGGAGGAGAAGAAGAUCCAGACCCUGGAGGGCAAGAAGAGGGAGCAGGCCGAGAGGCUGGGCAUGGGGCUGGGCAGCCGGAGUGUGGUGUCCCACUCCGUCAUGUCGGAGAUGCAGGUGAUCGAACAGGAGACUCCGGUCGGAGUCAAGUCGUCGUCUCGCUCCAAACUGGACAUGUUUGACGAGCCGGGCUUCACCUCCGGACCCCCGAAGUAUAAGGACAACCCGUUCACGGUGGGGGACAGCUUCGGGUCCCGGUGGGACAGCGAGGGGGGCGGAGCCUCCUUCGCCUCCUCCUGGGCUCUGGAGAAGGAGGAGCCUAAAGAGGAGGUCACCAUCUCCAGCAUCCAGCCCAUCGGAGAGAGACUCCCCAGCAGGAGGAAAGCGGAGGCGGCGUCUCCGGCGGCGGAGUCCAGCGAGGCGCGGCAGAAGUUUGCCAAUGCCAAGGCCAUCUCCUCCGACAUGUUCUUCGGCCGGGAGAGCAGCGCCGAGUACGAUGCGAAGACCCGUCUGGAGAGUCUCUCCGGCAGCAGCUCCAUCAGCUCCUCAGACCUGUUUGGAGACGGAGACAAAGGCCGGGCCUCGGGCCUGGACAGCGUCCUCCCCUCCGGUCCGGACAUCGCUCAGUUCAAGCAGGGCGUGAAGACGGUGGCGGGGAAGAUGGCCGUCCUCGCCAACGGCGUGAUGAACACCAUCCAGGACCGGUACGGCUCGUACUGAGCAGCGCGAGGACCGGAGCGCCGCCCGUGGGCGGAGCCAGAGCCCGUGGGGGCGGGGCUGCUGAUGAAACCCGUCCCCCUGGAGCGAGACAGUAUUCCACUCUCAUCGUCGUCCAGAAUCCUCACUCCGACUGUCCUGUCCAGACAUUUCCAGCCGGAGCGUCCGUCUCCGUUCACGUCCCGCUGCCAGACGAAGUGCAGUUUUCUAUUCUUGUCUUUGAUUUGGGCGGAGCCUCCCUGUGGGCGGAGCCUCCGCCGCCCGGUGUUCUAGAUUCCACGACUGAUUUAUGACGGACUGCGAGCCGGAUUCUGGUCCCUGUGGAUCCUGGAGGCUCCACGUUGGUUUCCGUGGUAACGAGCGAGCGGCGCAGUUCUGCAGCUCCUCCUCCAGAGGGCGAUAAACCCCACAGACCUCGGUCCGGAUCCACACAGACCUGAAUCCGAGCUUCUGAAACCUCCUCAUGCUUUUCAAACUAUGCACCUCCACUGUAACCUCCCCCCAUCCUGACCCCUGACCCCCCCCACACACACACACACACA